CCCAUUUUCUCCAGAAACCCAAUUUCCUCAAGAAAAUGUUGUUCAAGAAACCCAAUUCUCCCAACAAAAUGUUGUUCAAGAAACCCAAUUCUCCCAACAAAAUGUUGUUCCGUCCAAGAUACAUCUUCCUCAUUGUUGCUGUUAUUUUUGCUUUGAACGCAUAUCGCUAUGCCCCGUCUUUUCUUUAUGGAAUCGCCUUAGAUAAGGAUCAGCUGAAGUUUUUGGACUACCCAGUUCACGAUUCUGGUAUUUUCAAAGAAGUCUUCCAGAACCUCGAUGUGUUCUUGGAGAAUUACGCUGGGAUGGAGGUGGCUUUCAAGAUCUUCGUCUACCCAAACAAAGACGAAGAUACGUCUUAUUACCAUUGGGGCAUUCGAGGGGUGUUUUCUAGUGAAAAGUUCUUUCACUACAAUCUCUUAACCUCUGACAGAUAUUCUACGAGUGAUGACUUCGAAGCUAAUAUGUUUUUCAUUUCCCUUACUUCGUUACAAAUUAGUGGCAAGGGAGUUUAUGCUAGCGGUGAGGAUUAUCUUCGGUACAUAAUUAACGAGUACCCUCACUUGAAUCGAACUACGGGUGUUCAUCACUUUUUUGUGACUUGCCACGACGAUGGAGCAAGUGUUUCAGAAAGAUUUCCUUUAUUGAAUAAUUCAAUUGCAGUCUUGUGUUCCGCACAUAAUGAUUCCGGACAUGGCAUACGCCACAAGCACAACCGUAUAACCCUCCCCCAGAUACGACUGCCAUAUGAAUUUCCAAUGGGUGGAAAGGACAUACACCACAGGACGAGACUCGCUUUCUGGGCUACUCCAGGAGGUACUUGGCCCGGUCACCCACAUCAAGAGAGAUUCAAAACUUCCAAGUAUUGCAUUUGCUAUGGAGAAUCCUUUCUCACAAGAAUCUGUAUAACAGAUUCGAUCCAUUUCGGAUGUGUUCCUGUGAUCUUGUAUGAUAACUACGAACUGCCAUUCAAUGACAUCCUUGACUGGACAAAAUUUUCUGUAAUAAUUCCUGAGGAUGACAUUGAUCAGAUGGAGCAGAUUCUUGAAGACAUAUCAGAUUCGGAAUUCAGUGACCUGCAUUACAACAUAGUCAAGGUUCAAAAGCACUUCGAGUGGAAUUCACCUCCAAGAAAAUAUGAUGCCUUCCAUAUGAUAUUGUACGAGCUCUGGUUGCGCCACCUAUCCAUAUCAGAUGAUCUUUUGGAUUUCUGAAUUUCUAUACAUUUCCAAACACAAAGAUGACGAGCACUACUGUACCAUUUUCUUUACCAGAUCAUGUUGGAAGUUAAGGAAUAUCCAUUACUAGUUAGAAUUUGUUCCAUUCUUUGUUCAUUUGUAUUCUUGACGGCCUAAUAAAGUUG